AUCACAGCACCGAAAGCUGAGAGAUGCGGAGUAUGAAAUUGGGAACCCGCUGUUGGCGUGUCUUUCAGAAGCACAGUUUUUCCCCCCUUGCCUAUGACUGUAUCCAUUUACCUUCUCUCAAUGUAUUACCCGUUGCCUUUUGGUGGUCUCAACACCUAGAUUGCAGAUUGAUUGCUACCAGGUCUUUUGUGCAAAGCAAAACAGGCUUGCCACCUCAUAGGUCUAACUAUGAAUGCUCUCGAAAGCCCCAAGAAACUUUAAUUACUACACCAGCAGAAAAAGUAACAGCAACUGAUAUGGGCCAUUUGAAGCUAGGGGAGGACACAAAUUCAUAUGUUAACCUGGGAUUCAGUCCUACUCAGAUAACACAGCUAUUCAGCUUGCAGCUGGAUGUACCAUUUCAGUCAAAGUUGACUGCAAUUUCAGAGUUACUCCUAUUGGGUUUAAGCACUAACACAAUACUGAAGACACUAGAAAAAAAACCUGAACUGCUGCAGAUGUCACCAAAACAUUUGAAGGAACGUGCUGAUCUUCUGAGGAGACUUGGCUUAGAUGCAGGAAGCCUUAACCAUGUGGCAGUUCAUUUUCCAAGUAUCUUUACAUUGCCACACAAGAAAAUCAAAGCCCUAGAGCUUUUCCUUAAGGAAAAGUGUCUCUUCACAAUGGCACAGGUAUCAAAAAUUCUACGAACAUGUCCACAACUGCUACUAGAAGACUUAAAUGAUGUGGAAUACAAGUUCCAGUUUGCCUAUUUCAGGAUGGGAAUUAAACAUGGAGAAAUAGUGCAGUCUGGUUUCUUCCAAGCACCACUGGCCGAAAUAAACAAACGAAUAAUUUUUUUGGAGCGCUUGGGACGCUACCAAACUCCUGAUAAGAAAGGACAGACUCAAGUUGUCAAUCCCAAACUGAAAAGUAUUAUCAGAGCUUCUGAACAGGAUUUUGUGACUGAAAUAGCCUGCUCCUCAGCGGAAGAGUACGAGAUCUUUAAAAAGUUGCUGGUCUGCGAAGAAGAGCAGAGGAGGAAACAGGAAGAAGCAAUGGAAGCAUUAUCAGAUUCAGAGAAUGAUGAAUGGGCUGAUUCUGAAUAAUUCAGCAAUUAAAAGUUUCAACUGUCUGGUACGAGUAGAAGCUGCUCAACUAUUCAGUCAGCUUUCUUAGGGAAUGAACACGAAAUGACGAUGAGGUGGCUCCAAGAAAUGAUGAAAUUUGGAAUUAAUCCCUAGUAACUGUAUAAGGGGAAUUAAUGUUCUUCCUAUUUUUUUCUCUAUUACUAUUACUACUACUAAUUUGCUUAGAACAUCUGCACAUGUAUAGUUUUAUAGAAUAAAUAAGAAGUGGGAGUACUUCAUUUUAUAAAUAAUAUACUUAUAAAACUUUUUUUCUAAAGGAAGAGGGAGCUGAUGGAUACUUCUGAUAAUAGAGAAUUCUAAUAUUUGUGAAUAUUUUUUAAAUGGGUUAUUAAGAAAAAUGGGCAGGUUGUGAAAUCAAAUUCAUAAUAUCAGAUAAAGAUAGAUAAAGAUAAAAUCAGAUAAAGAUAAAAUAAUAUUAGAUAAAGUUCCUUAUUUGGGCAGAAGUUGUGUGUUUUUAAAAAUGCUAGUUUUAUAACUAAUUCCAGGAAUCAUCUCAUUCUUAAAGGAAGCAAAAUGACUUUUAAAUAAAUUAUGUAUUUAAUCUAAAAUGAAAAACAAAGUAACUUUAAGAGCCAGUUUAAGAGCCAGUUUGGUCUAGUGGUUAAGGUUCUGGGCUAGUAACCAGGAGUCUGUGAUUUCUAGUCUCGCCUUAGGCAUGAAAGGCAGCUGGGUGACUUUGGUCCAGUCACUUUCUCUCAGCCCAACUCACCUCACAGGGUUGCUGUUGUGGGGAAAACAGGAGGAGGAAGGAGUAUUAGGUAUGUUCGCUGCCUUGAGUUAUUUAUAAAAAUAAUAAAGAUGGGAUAGAAAAUAAAUAAAUAAUAAAAUAAAAUCUUUUUAGUUUAUUGGUACAUUACAUAUACCUUGAUCUGACUACAGAGUACUGGAUUGAUAAAAGUCCUCUUCUGCCUUAAGACAGUCUCUGGGGAAAACUGUGACAGACAAAAAAACAGGCAAUAAAGAUCUUUCAUGGCCUUUGUCAUCUGCAGAUACUGUUUUAAAAGUUUACUUUGGAUUUUGAAAAAUGUAAUAUUUGGUGAUCAUGUUACUACCCAUUCUUCAUCCUCUUUGUUCUUGGAAGCUUUAAUGUUCUAGUUUUAAUGGUGAGAUGGUUCCUGUAAGUCAAUUAUGUAGCGUAAUUGUAGUGCUGAUAUAGUUCAAAAUUCCAGGGAUUUUACUCCUUUCUUCCUCUUCACAUAGUCUUCCCAACGAUCACCACACAUUUUCUGCUGACCAUGCUCAGUUAUCAUUUGUUUGUUUACUUUUUCCAGAUUCUGCCACAACCUUAAGUUUUUAUGCAGUAAUUCCCCUAAGCCUAGUGCUGGCUCUCAUGUGCAGGUUGUGUUAUUGUAGGGCACAGUGCCCUGUGCAGCCAUCUAAACAUCAGAAGUAGAAGGAACAAUACACCGGUUCAACCAGGUAAUGUAAAUGAACAUGCAGUAUUUCUGAUGGCUACAUUAAUUGACUGUGGCAGAAGAAUAUUGGGUUUUCAGAAAUUAUAAUUUUACAUUUUUUCUAAUGCAGUCUGUGGCCCUAUAGUGUUGUGCCAUUCCAAACUAAUUCAAGUUGAGUCACUUCUGUUUAAGAAAAAAAUCCUUUCCUAAUUUUGCUCUUUAAAAAAAUAUUCUUCUAAAUGGGAACUGCAAGUUUCUACCUUUUUUGCACAGAAAGGCUACCAGAUGUUCUAAAUUAUGAGAAAAUGCACUUCUUUUCAGCAGUCUUAUUCCAAAAGUUACUAUCUUUCUUCUCAUCCUCUUUAGUACGAUGUACUGAGAAAUGCUGUAUACCCCACCAGGGGAAAAAAAAAUCACAUUAUUUAGACAGUAUCAUCCAUUCCUCACGGCAUAUGUAAAUAACAGUACAUAGGAAUGCAGCUAAGCAUCUCUUGAUCACAUCUAGGAUGAAGGAACUUUGGAACCACUUUGUGCUAUUUCUGGCAAUAGCAAGGAUUAUUGUCUUUCCAAUUAGAAAAAUAUCCCCUUUGCAAUGUGCUCCUCUAUGCUAAAUAAACAAUAUUUACAGCUCUUAAAAUUUGCCAUGAAUUACGUUUCAGGGAACAGGCGUGCCUUUUCUGCAAUAAUCAAAUACCUGCCAGAAUAGUAAUUUAAAACUAUGACUCUCUGGUUGUAUUGCUUUAUAAAAUAUACAGUAUAUGUCUAUUAACACAACCUUAUUUUUUAACUAGUCACACAACUCUCAAAGGCUAGAAGGCUAGUCAUCCUAGUAUUUUGCAAAAUAAACACCAGGAAAUGUGGGUGGAAGCCUUUUUUCUCCAUUGGCAUCACAAUUUUGUCUAAGAAUAUCAAAGGAGAUACUUUACCUAUUAAAAAUUAAGGUUUUCAGUAACUUUCUUUAUGAAGGCAUAAAAACCUUCAUAAACGGCAUUCAGAGACUGAACAACUAAAAGUCAGUUUGAUUUUUCAAAGGAAGCUAGAGUCUCCUAUUGCUGCCGCUGCCAGUUUUUUCUUCACUAUUCUUCUGAAAUGCUAGGAAUUUGUUAGCAAUAGUAAGGCAUUGAGAAAAGCUGGAUGGAAAAUUGGAUAAUUUUUCGUUAGCAGCUAAUUUUGCAAACAAGGUACAAAAAGAAAAAAAUCAAGGGCGUGUUUGUGUGUUUUUAGACGAUUGUGUUUGAGAAUCAAUUUCUGAGGCAAUUAAGAUUUGCUUUUUGGUUAUAGAGAGAACACUUUUUUCCAGGACUCAUGUUUGUUUAAGGCAGUCUACAAAUCAGAUUAUACGUCCUAAUCUCAAUUACUAGUAAACUUGAAGAUUGUUCUGCAAGUAGCUUGCAAAAGGACUUUUACUCAACUUGUAUAAAGAAAUUAGAUCCUAUGAUGAAAAGAAGCUGAAAAUGAAAGUGAGUUGUUAUAAUCUUGCAGAAGAGAAAGUGCUAUUUGGUGAACAUCUCUUGAACAAGACAAAGGGAGAAGCUCCAUUGUUCUUGCUAGCUAAAUCCCACCCCCCCUCUAAAAAAAAUCCAGUUAACUGAAAUGAUGAAGCUGUUGUAUCCUUGGGAUGAAGUGGAGCUGAAGACAAUCUAGAUUGUUCAGUUAUGCAGAUACUGAUGUAAUAAUUCUCAAUUUCAUGCCAAAAUAUUAGUAUUUUGAUUGCAAAGUAAUAAAUGGAUUUGUUCUCUA